CAAACGGCAUGUACGGCAUUACUGCAUCGCCACAUCACGAUCAUAUAGCGAUUUACUACAUCAUCCUUUCCAUCCUCGUGGUCGCGCAACAUCUACCGGCAAAGCGUUUAACCAUCGACAUUUGCCAGUACGGGUACCGAACUCGCAUGACCGCCGCCUAACCCGUCACACCAACAUCACGCCACAACCCCACGAUCACGAUACCCACAAUCUGUGUCCUCCAAAACACGGGAAAGCUCUUGCUUGGCCAAAAGAACAUCCGUUGAUAUAUGCCAUGGACCCAUUCCACAAAAACACAGCAGUAGACAUCGCAAAAGCAUCCACACUUCACAGCAAUUCGUCGUCCAUACCGACGAACAGACUUCCUGCACGCCCUGAAGCAUAUACAGAAGACAUGCCAGCACCCCCCGCCUACCACAAUGUCGUAGAACCAACCCUACCCAUCCCCAACAUGACGAACCCCUACGACCCCCAAGAAGAAGACUGCGACCCUAGUCAAGAAACCACAGACGACACACCCGAAAUCACAAUCAACGCCGCAACACAGAUACGCGGUCACGGAAACAUCAUCUCCAUGGUACAGAUGGACAGCGUAAGGAUAGCAAAUCUCAUCGCCACUGCACUCAGCGGCGAGACUAUCGAGACCAGCAAGAUGGGGGAAGAUGAUGCUGCUGCGAGACCUCCUACACCAGAGAGUCCAACGACGCAGACGACUGCGACGGCACAGAGGGAGUGUACGUCUACGACGCAGGUUAGAGGCGUGAAGCGCUGGUGUAAUAUUAAUGUCACGGUCAACUGUGGCGCGACAAUCAUUGGGGAUAGGAAUAUCGUUGGACCGGGCUUGGGCGAUAUCGCGAGGCAGAUGCAGAUGGCGCAGAGGAAUCAGGCGGCGCUGCUGGCUCAGCAACGGCAACAACAGGCUUUUGCGGCGGCGGCGGCGGCGGCGGGAGGACAACCACCAAGGAUGCCGUCGCCGAACGGAGUCCUGUUCCCAAUGAAGCCUGCGACACCUCCGAUGAGUCGUAGCUGUAGCUUGAACAGUGAGGUGGGACUUGGAGGAAGGAAAAGGAAGUGUGAGGAUAGUGGGGAGGGGGCCGCUGCGAAGAGGCGUAGUUGAGGCACGGAUAGCUAGAUACUCUGUGGAUGACCAUUAUGGUUUCUCUCCUCUUUCAGGGAUACGGUUCGGUCGAGCCAAGUCCUCUAGAGUCUGGGUUGGCGUUCUUGGGUGGCUCAUGAAUAACGAGUUAUGAGUAUGAAGGCCUUCAUGGCUUUGUAGGAUAAUGUUGGAUAUACACGAUGGAGCUAUAAUAAUGUCAACAUAGCCUUUGAGUAACCUCUGUUAUCUCUAUCAUUCCCCUGUGUUAUUCCCGAAUGAAGUCGAGUACUGCAAGGCGAUACCAAGCCUUUCACAUGUCACUGCUCCUCACAGCCCAUUGCAUCGCUCUUGCUGCGCUAAGCAGACGAGCGCAAGUACUAGAUGAAGUAAGGGCGUGGCACAGAGUGUCGAUGGAGCUGUGUGAGAGGGUGCAAUAUCAGCUAGAUGCCAAUGACGCAGCGGCAGAUGAUGAAUAAUGUGUGA